CAACCACUUUUCAGCCUGUAAAGUAAGAGAAAAUAGGCUGCACCAUGCAAGGCAGACAGAAUCCGAAUCGGGAGAUCAGCAUCCCAAGCUUCACGUCCAUAUGCGGUGCCCGCCGCCUGUGCGACAAGCAGAAGAUGCUGUACACCCGACCCAAGCCGGAUGUCCUGCAGAGCAUCCUGCAGUCGAAGGCCAAUCCCGAGUACAAAUCCCGACGCCUGUGGUACGAACUGAACAUGCCGGAGUGCGCCAGCUCCCUGCUGGAUGGUAAAAUGCAAUCCGAUCUGCCCGACAAUAUCCUGUGCCUCAAGACAAGGACUGGCCAAAAGCGCCAGAAGAAACGCGACACCGCGGUGGCCAAAGCGAAUUAUAUGACGAUGCGUUUGGAGCGAGAGCACUUCCGGCGCAAGCUGGUGGAGCUCAUCCUGCACAUGGACGACGAUCAGGAUCCGGAACUGGCCGCCCAGUGCGCCGUGCCCUUUCCCGAUCAGGAGGAACGCGAGGUCCUGCGGUAUUACUACUAUAUUAAACACGGAAUUGACACUAUUCACGUAUCUCCAUUGAGUAAGAAGAUACUAAAAAGGAUAACCGAUCUUGUGCCGCCAUUACUUUACAAAUGGCAAACUGCCCUGAAUGAAAAUAUAGCCGAAGUUCGUGCGGAUUAUGUUUUUGCCAUGAAAAAAGCCGUUGUGGACUUCGUCCUGCGGCACACGGUCCUUGAUCGACUGACCAAGGAAGGAGUGGGUGGGAAAUUCGAUACCGCAGAGCGAAGGGAAGUCCAAUCAAUGACCAACUUCUGGCGUUAUCGCUACGACGAGAAUCGCAAUGUCCUGAUGAAAACGCUAUUCUGCAUACAUCGGAGUGUGGCCAACAUCCUGGAGCUGUGGAGCAUGAAAUACAAGGAUAAGUCCUUCAUCGACAGCAAGGAGCUGAGCAAAUCCGAGACGCCGUUCGCAUUGUUCUCGUUUGUGUAUACAUGUGGCUCCCACAUCGACAGUGGAAAAACGAUGCUGGAGGAGAGUUGGUAUGGCGAGAUUCACUCGUCGCUUCUAAAGGCCAGCAAACGUGGCCAAUUGCCGGAUAUCCGGCGUUUUACAUUGGUCAAGAGGUUUUUCAACUGCGUGGCCGCUUUGAUGACCCAACAGCUGGAGGAUAUAUGCAUAAGGAGUUUGAAGGACUAUGCCGAUUUCAUUUGCGAUUAUGGGCAUUCAAAUCCUGGCUUUGAAAUAUCUGUAAUUCUGGCCGACGAGGAUACGAUUCAAUUUAAUCCAAGUUUUUCGAAGGUCCAAAGCGAACUACUUCGGGUUAUAGAUUCAAUCUUACUGAGCAUCCAAAUGUUGCCUCGUAUUGAGAGCAAACUCUACACCGAUUUAGUUAUAUCCAAAAAGAUAUUCCUCACACCAACUGUUCCGGAUAGCAUUGUUCAGGAGACGAAGAAUCGGAUUUGUGCCAUGUUGGAGGAUCAGCGAAUUGGACCCGAGUUGCGUUUGCAGGACUUUGAUCCCUUUAUUGAUCUAAUAAAUGGAAGCGAUGCGGAGCGAGUGGGCAACUUCAUGGAGAGCGAUGCAACCUUCGAACAAUAUGCUGAAAUGGUUUACGAGUACAAGGAGAAGGAGGAUCGCAUCGCCAGGGAAGUGUGGGCCGUCAUUCGAAUGGGUUUCUACGAGUUCCACAGGGACAAGUUCAUCACUCACCUGGAAAGUUUGUGCAGACAGUUGCAACUGGAUUUGCUGGCCAGAAUGGUCACCGAUCAGCAGGCGAGGAUCACUCGAUUGGGCAAGGAAUACGAUGCUAUAGCCAAGAAGGCUUUAACUGUGCCAAAGGAUACAGCUGAGUUGAUGCAACUGAAGGCUUAUGUGGUUCAUGCUGAGGAGAACUUGGUGCCAGAAAUGGAAGCCAGACUGAAAGUGAACAUGGGUGAAAUCUUGUGGCUAAUGGAUCACACUUUGUACUCCCCAUUGGAGAUUAAAAACAACAGCAACUCCUUUCAGUGGUAUUUGAAACUUCCUUCUAUUUUCGAGCAACAUCGCGCCAUAAUUGCCGAGAAGGUAAUCGAAUACCAGGAGCUGCUCAAGAAACGCAUCGAAUUAUUCCGCCGAGAGUUGCAGAAUUACUACGAACAAGUGCAAACCUACGAUACUUGGGGAGAUAUCAAACAACUUUCGAGGUACAAAAAGCGAGCUGGAGUAUUGGAUCAACGUUUAGUUCAGGCAAUGGAAACCAUUGAUCAAAUAAACGAGGAGGAAACCUCCUACGGCUGGGAUCUCUCACAAUAUCCAGUGCGAAAGAAGGCCCACGAUCAACUGAAACCCUACAAAACGCUCUUCGACGCUGGUCAGGAUUUCAUGGACAAGUACGAUCUGUGGAUGCACUCGCAAGUGGGAUCCUUCGAUCCCGACGAGAUCGAUAGCGAUGUGUCCAACUUCUAUCGCAUCAUUCAAAAACUGGACAAACAGAUGGGCGAUCAUCCCAUGACAAUGCAACUUAUUCAGGAUGUUAAGGCUCAAAUUGAGGCAUUCCGAGAACACAUGCCUAUUAUCAAUACUCUGGGCAAUCCGGGAAUGAAGGCUCGCCAUUGGGAAUUGGUUUCGGAGAUAAUUGGUUUCCCCAUCAAGGUUUCACCGGAACUGACGCUGGAGAAGAUUAUCGAGUACCAACUGGACGAGUAUGUGCCCAAAUUCGAGGCAAUUUCGGAGAGUGCCACCAAGGAGAACAAUUUGGAGAGGGCGAUGGCCAAGAUGGUCAACGAAUGGGAGGGCGUCGAGUUCUCCAUUUCGCCCUACAGGGAUUCCGGUACAUACAAGCUGGCUGCCGUGGACGACAUCCAAAUACUGUUGGACGAUCAAAUCAUCAAGACGCAGACGAUGAAGAGCUCACCCUACAUCAAACCAUUCGAGGCGGACAUUCUGAAGUGGGAGGCGAAGCUCAUGCUGCUGCAGGAGAUCCUGGACGAGUGGCUGCGCGUGCAGGCCACCUGGAUGUACUUGGAGCCCAUCUUCAGCAGUCCGGACAUUCAGCAGCAGAUGCCCGAGGAGGGGCGACGAUUCAGUGCUGUGGACAAGAUAUGGAAGGAACUAAUGAAGCAGGUGGCCCAGGAUCCCAAGGUGAUGGUGGUGGUCCAAAUCGACAAGAUGAACGACAAGCUGAAGAAGGCCUACAGUUUGCUGGAGGUCAUCCAGAAGGGUUUGAACGCCUAUUUGGAGAAGAAGCGACUGUACUUCCCGCGAUUCUUCUUCCUCUCGAACGACGAACUGCUGGAGAUCCUCUCGGAAACGAAGGAUCCCACCCGUGUCCAGAUCCACUUGAAGAAGUGCUUCGAGGGCAUCGCCACCUUGAAUUUCACCGAGGAACUGGACGUGACCGCCAUGCGAUCGUCGGAGCGCGAGGAAGUGGUUCUAGUGGACGUGAUCUCCACAUCCAAGGCACGAGGUCAGGUGGAGAAGUGGCUGCUGGAACUGGAGAUCGACAUGAAGAAGAGCGUUCAUCACAAAGUGGCCGAAGCCUUCUACAGCUACCACAAAAUGUUGCGACAUGUUUGGGUUUUAUCUUGGCCAGGUCAAACUGUUCAGUCCAUUUCGUUGACUUAUUGGACUCUGGAGAUCACCGAGUGCUUCGAAAGCGAGGAGCCCAAGGAGAACCUGGCCAAAUAUCUGCAAAAGUGCAUCACGCAAAUCAACAAGAUUGUGGAUUUGGUGCGCGGCGAUCUAAAUACACAAAAUCGUAUUACUUUGGGUGCAUUGGUGGUGUUGGAUGUUCAUGCACGAGAUGUCCUGGCGGAGAUUGUGCAGAAUCAAGUGGAGGAUUUACAGGACUUCCAAUGGCUCUGCCAGUUGCGCUACUAUUGGGAGGAAAAUAACCUGGAUACGAGGAUGAUAAACUGCUCCUUGCCGUAUGGCUAUGAGUACUUGGGCAACACUCCUCGACUGGUGGUUACUCCUCUAACAGAUCGUUGCUAUCGCACCCUGUUUGCUGCUCUGAAUCUUCAUUUGGGCGGAGCUCCAGAAGGUCCUGCGGGAACUGGCAAAACGGAGACCACAAAGGAUCUGGCGAAGGCUGUGGCCAAGCAGUGUGUGGUGUUCAAUUGCUCGGAUGGCUUGGACUAUUUGGCUUUGGGUAAAUUCUUCAAGGGAUUGGCUUCGUGUGGUGCCUGGUCCUGUUUCGAUGAGUUCAAUCGUAUUGAUCUUGAGGUGCUAUCCGUGGUGGCUCAGCAGAUCCUGACUAUCCAGAGAGGCAUUAACUCGGGCAGUCCCACUCUGGUGUUCGAAGGAACCACUUUGACUUUGGAUCCCACUUGCGCCGUUUUCAUCACCAUGAAUCCCGGUUACGCUGGACGAUCCGAGUUGCCUGAUAAUCUAAAGGCCCUCUUCCGAUCGGUGGCCAUGAUGGUGCCGGAUUAUGCUCUAAUCUCUGAAAUCGAGUUGUACUCCUAUGGUUUCCUGACUGCCAAACCGCUUUCCAUUAAGAUUGUGGCCACAUAUCGUUUGUGUUCAGAGCAAUUGAGCACCCAAUGCCACUAUGAUUAUGGAAUGAGAGCUGUAAAAUCGGUGCUAAAGGCAGCUGGUGCGCUAAAACUUCGCUAUCGUGAUGAAAAUGAGGAUAUUCUAGUGUUGCGCUCCAUCAAGGAUGUGAACUUGCCAAAGUUCCUCAACCAGGACAUUCCCCUUUUCCAGGGCAUCACCUCCGAUCUGUUUCCUGGAACUGUUUUGCCCGAGGCUGACUAUGAUCUCUUCAAUCGAUGCACACAAAUGGCUUGCGAUAGACAAAAUAAACAGUGCACUCCUUUUGUCCUGGAAAAAGUUCAGCAGCUUUAUGAGAUGAUUGUGGUGCGACAUGGUCUUAUGUUGGUGGGUUAUCCAUUUGGUGGCAAGUCAACAACUUACCGCCUUUUGGCAGAAACCCUAGAGUGUAUGGAAAAAACGGAUGGUUCCGAGAACAAAGCCAUUUACACAGUUAUCAAUCCAAAAGCCAUUACCAUGGGUCAAUUAUACGGACAAUUUGAUGCAGUUUCCCACGAAUGGAGCGAUGGAAUCCUGGCUGUCAACUAUCGCAUCUUUGCCAUUUCCGAUUCUCCAGAUCGUAAGUGGUUGAUUUUCGAUGGACCAGUGGAUGCCAUUUGGAUUGAGAACAUGAAUACUGUCCUUGAUGAUAACAAGAAGUUGUGUUUGAUGUCCGGCGAGAUUAUCCAAUUGUCGAACACCACAAAUUUGGUUUUCGAGCCCAUGGAUUUGGAGGUGGCUUCGCCAGCCACUGUAUCGCGAUGUGGAAUGAUCUAUUUGGAGCCCAGUUCGUUGGGUUGGGAACCUUUGGUGGCCUCUUGGAAGAAUACUCUUCCCCCAGCUUUCCACACAGUCAGCAAGCAACUUAUAUCGAUGCUAAUCUCACGAUUUUGUCCUAUUCUUCUGUACAUUCUGAGGAAAAGUUUAAAGGAAAUUGCACCCACUUCGGAUGCAAACUUAAUGGUCAGCUUGAUGAACUUCUUCGAGUGUUUCAUUGACGACUUUCGGGAUGAAAAGUACGUGGCCAAUGUCUCGGAUUUGGAUUUCAGAGCUCAGACAGAGGGAAUAUUCCUGUUCUCUUGCAUUUGGUCGCUUGGAGGAGCUCUAGAUGCAGAUAGCAGGGAAAAGUUCAAUAUAAUAUUCAGAGCUCUGAUGGAAAAGACAUUCCCACAAAGUUUGUACGAUACAUAUGGAGUCACUGAGGAUCUUUAUGUGGAAACCCUGCCCAAACCAUUUAUAUUCCCGAUACCCAAACAAGGAUCGGUGUUUGAUUAUCGGUACAUAAAGGAGGGAAAGGGCAAAUGGAAGCCCUGGCAGGAUGAUGUGAAUUCCGCUCCACCGAUUCCUCGAGAUAUUCCCGUCAAUCAGAUCAUUAUACAAACCAACGAAAGUGUUCGCAUUGCAGCUGUUUUGGAUCUGCUGAAUCGCCAUGGAAAACCCAUUAUGUUAUGUGGACCCACAGGAACGGGAAAAAGUGUCUAUGUGAUCGAUUAUAUGCUAAAGAAAAUGGAUCUAACCGUCUAUAAACCUCUGCUGAUCAGCUUUUCCGCUCAGACAUCCGCCAAUCAAACGCAGGAUAUCAUAAUGUCCAAGUUGGAUAAGCGGAGGAAAGGAGUUUUUGGUCCACCUCUCAACAGUCGAUUUGUGAUCUUUGUGGAUGAUGUUUCUAUGCCUCUAAAAGAGAACUAUGGAGCCCAACCUCCUAUUGAAUUACUGCGAAUGAUGCUCGACCACAUGAUGUGGUACGAUCGGAAAAACAUUGUACCCAUGAAGCUAAUCGAUUUGCAGAUGAUUGUGGCCAUGGGACCUCCCUCAACUGGAAAUACAGUGACUCCCCGUUUCCAGCGAUUUUUCAACGUAAUAUCCAUAGAUGAUUUCAACAACGAUAUAUUGAAUACCAUAUUUAGUAAGAUUGUGCUGUGGCAUUUGGAUACGAGGGGCUUUUCCAAGGAGUUUGAUCCUUGCAUUGACGAAAUCGUGGGCGCCACAAUGACCAUUUACAAUGACGCCAAACUGAAUUUGCUCCCCACGCCGGCAAAGUCGCAUUAUCUGUUCAAUCUGCGCGACUUUUCCAGGGUGAUACAGGGUGUCCUGCUGUCCGUUCCCGAGGCCACCGAGGACGUAAACUCGAUGCGUCGCCUUUGGGUGCACGAGGUGUUGCGUGUGUACGGGGAUCGCUUAGUGGAGGAUGCCGAUCGCACCUGGCUGUUCGAGAACAUUUGCAGCACGGUCAAGGCGUCCUUCAACACGGAUCCCACGCGGCUGUUCGGUCGGUUUGUCGAGAAGGAUAAAACGCUGCAGGAGUCCGAUUUCAGGCAGUUGAUCUACUGCGAUUUCACAAAUCCCAAGGCGGACACGAAGAACUAUGUGGAGGUGCAGGAUUUGGAGGAGUUGCGACGGGUGGUGGAGGCCUAUUUGGUGGAGUACAACAACAUGUCGAAGAAGCCCAUGAAUCUGGUGCUUUUCCGCUUCGCCAUCGAGCAUUUGUCGCGCAUAUGCCGCAUCAUAAAGCAGCCGAGGAGUCAUGCUCUGCUCAUCGGGGUCGGCGGAUCCGGGCGCCAGAGCUUAACUCGAUUGGCUUCGCAUAUAUGCGACUAUGAGCUGUUCCAGGUGGAAAUCACGCGAUUGUAUGGGCCGUACGAGUAUCACGAGGACAUCAAGGCGAUCCUACGCAAAAUUGGGGCAUCCGAGAUGCACGGCGUGUUCCUCUUUACGGACGUUCAGAUCAAGGACGAGUCCUUCCUCGAGGACAUCAGCAACCUGCUCAACUCCGGCGAGGUUCCGAAUCUGUUUACCAACGAGGAGAAGAUCGAGGUGCAGGAGAAGAUGGCCCAGAUCGACAAGCAGAGGGACAAGGCCGUCCAAACCGACGGAAGUCCUGUGGCCCUCUUCAACUUUUUUGUCACGACCUGCAAAGAUCAGUUGCAUAUUGUUUUGGCAAUGUCGCCAAUUGGCGAUGCUCUGCGCAAUCGCAUCCGUAAAUUCCCCUCGAUUGUCAAUUGUUGCACCAUUGAUUGGUUCCAAUCUUGGCCAGAGGAUGCUCUUUUAGCCGUGUCCACUCGUUUCCUGGCCAGCGAGGAUCUCACUGCUUUGGAGCGUCGCACUGCCAUCGAUAUGUGCAUGGAUUUUCACACCUCCACUCAAGAACUUUCGGCCAAGUUCUUCUCCAGAUUGCAUAGGUACAAUUAUGUGACACCCACUUCUUACCUGGAGUUGAUCCAAACCUUUAAGGCGCUGCUGAGUCAAAAGAGAAACAACAUUACAAAUAAUCGCAAUCGCUAUUUGACUGGAAUUUCCCAACUGGACAUUGCUGCCCAGCAAGUGGCUGUAAUGCAGGAACAACUGAUUGCCUUGGAGCCCAAAUUAAAGGAAGCCUCGGAAAUUGUGGCUGAGCAAGUGGCCAAGGUGACGGCUGAUAGCAAACUGGCUGAGGAGCAGCGAGAGAUCGUCAAACUGGACGAAAGUGCGGCCAAGGAACAGGCUGCUGUUGCCCAGGAAAUCAAGGAUGAAUGCGAUGCCAAACUGGGAGAGGCUCUUCCCAUUUUGGAAUCUGCCUUGGCAGCUCUGAAUACUCUUACCACAGCGGACAUAGCGGUGGUUAAGACCAUGAAGAGUCCUCCAAUUGGCGUGAGGAUCGUCAUGGAGGCAGUUUGCAUCCUAAAAGAUGUUAAACCCGAUAAGGUUCCAAAUCCAAGUGGCUUGGGUACUGUGGAGGAUUAUUGGGGUCCCUCGAAGCGUGUGCUUAGUGACAUGAAGUUCCUGGACAGCCUGCUCAACUUCGACAAGGAUAACAUUCCCGUCGAGGUGAUGAAGAAGUUGGCACAACGCAUUCUCAGCAACGAGGCCUUUGAUCCUGAUAAAAUUAAGAGUGCUUCGACGGCUUGCGAAGGUUUGUGCCGUUGGGUUAUUGCUCUGACCAAAUACGAUGUGGUGGCCAAGAUUGUGGCGCCCAAAAAGUUGGCUCUGGCCGAAGCUGAAGCCACAUACAAUGCGGCUAUGAAAACUUUGAACGAAAAGCUGGCCAUGUUGGCCAAAGUGGAGGCGAACUUGGCUGCCAUUCAAAAGAUUCUCGAUGAGCAGUUAAGGCAAUAUGGUAUUUUACUGGCUGAACACGAGGCUUGUACCAAAAAACUACAGCGUGCUCAGGAAUUAAUUUCUGGUUUGGGCGGCGAGCGAACUCGUUGGUCAGAAACGGCCAAAAUGCUUCAGGCCAGCUUUAAAAGUGUAACUGGUGACGUGCUGAUCUCAUCGGGAGUGGUUUCCUAUUUGGGACCCUUCACCAUCGACUUUAGACUAGAUCAGAUUCGCAAAUGGGUAACCAAGUGCCUCAACUUUGGUGUAACCUGCACACCCGAUUUUCAACUUGCUGUUGUUCUUGGGGAACCAGUGGAAAUUCGAUUCUGGAAUAUUUGCGGCCUGCCAACGGAUGCUUUCUCUGUGGAAAGUGCCAUUAUGAUGAAAAAUGCUCGUCGUUGGCCUUUAAUGAUUGACCCACAAGGACAGGCCAAUAAAUGGAUCAAAAACUAUGAGAAAAACAACAAACUCUGCGUAAUCCGGCUCAAUCAGGCUGAUUACACUCGUGUCAUGGAGAAUGCCAUCCAAUUUGGUUUGCCCGUGCUGCUGGAAAAUAUUGGCGAGGAAUUGGAUCCCGUUUUGGAGUCGGUGCUUCAGAAAACGCUUUUCAAACAGGGCGGAGCUCUUUGCAUUAAAUUGGGCGACUCUGUGAUUGAGUAUAAUCAUAAUUUCAGAUUCUAUAUGACAACCAAGCUGCGAAAUCCUCAUUAUCUCCCAGAGGUUGCUGUUAAGGUAACCCUUCUUAAUUUCAUGAUUACCACUCAAGGACUCCAGGAUCAAUUGUUGGGCAUAACGGUGGCCAGAGAACGUCCUGAUUUGGAGGCGGAGAAGAACAAUCUAAUUGUCCAGGGUGCUGACAAUAAACGGAUGCUAAAGGAGACCGAAGAUCAGAUUCUGGAAGUGCUCUCAUCAGCUGAAAAUAUUCUAGAGGAUGAGACGGCCGUUCAGAUAUUGAGUUCAGCGAAGGCUUUAGCUAAUGAUAUUAGUGAGAAGCAGGUAAUCACCGAGGCCACAGAAAAGCAGAUAGACAUAGCCCGAUUGAGUUAUGUGCCGAUAGCUGAACAUUCAACUAUUUUGUUCUUUACUAUAGUGGAGCUGGCCAACAUCGAUCCCAUGUACCAGUACAGUCUGGCUUGGUUUGUCAACCUGUACAUGUCGUCCAUCGAUAAUACGGAAAAGGUGGACGACAUUGCGGCACGUUUGCUGGAUCUGAAGAAUCACUUCACCUACAGCCUGUAUGUCAACAUCUGUCGCAGUCUCUUCGAGCGUGAUAAGCUGCUGUUUUCCCUCAUAUUGAAUAUCAACAUGAUGAAGCACGACAAUCGGAUUGACAAUGCCGAAUGGAUGUUCCUGCUGACUGGAGGCGUUGGUCUGGAGAAUCCUUUCAAGAAUCCCACCAACUGGCUGGGCGUCCAAAAUUGGGAUGAGGUCUGUCGCCUGACUAAUUUGCCCAAUUUCAAGGGAUUGCGCGAGGACAUCACCGACAAUGCGGCGCAGUGGAAGCCCUUCUUUGACUCAAAGUCACCGCAGGACAACAAGGACAUACCGAAAACCUGGGACAAGCGAAUGAGUGUUUUCCAGAAACUUUUGCUACUCCGCGUCUUCCGGCCGGAUAAAUUGGUUCCGGCUGUGUUGAAUUUUGUGAGCCUAGAGUUGGGUGAACGAUUCGUGGAUCCACCGCAGUUCGAUUUGAUGGCCUCCUUCGCCGACUCACACUGCUGUGUUCCUUUGAUAUUUAUCCUGACUCCUGGUUCGGAUCCAACGGCAACGCUUUUGAAAUUCGCCGAGGAUCAGGGCUUUGGCACCAAUCGAUUGUUCUCGCUGUCCUUGGGCCAAGGUCAAGGACCGAUUGCCAUGAAAAUGAUCGACGAAGGCGUCAAAAUGGGUAACUGGGUGGUGCUCCAGAAUUGCCAUUUGGCAGCCAGUUUUAUGCCUCUGCUGGAGAAGAUUUGUGAGAAUCUCCUGCCGGAUGCUACACAUCCUGAUUUUAGAUUGUGGCUUACUUCUUAUCCCGCGGAUCAUUUCCCAGUGGUGGUUCUGCAGAAUGGCAUCAAGAUGACCAAUGAACCGCCGAAGGGAUUGCGAUCCAACAUUCUGCGAUCGAUGAUCAGCGAUCCGAUCAGUGAUCCCGAGUGGUAUGAAUCCUGCACUCAGCCAAGGAUCUUCAAGCAGCUGAUCUACUCGCUGUGCUUCUUCCAUGCGGUUAUUCAGGAGCGGCGAUACUUCGGUCCGAUCGGUUGGAAUAUACCCUACGAAUUUAACGAAACCGAUCUCAGGAUAUCCCUGAUGCAGUUGAGGAUGUUCCUCAAUCAAUACGAGACGGUUAACUACGAUGCAUUGCGGUAUCUUACGGGUGAGUGCAAUUACGGCGGAAGAGUUACAGAUGACUGGGAUCGUCGCACGUUGAAAACCAUUUUGGAUAAGUACUAUUGCCCAGCGGUUAUCGAUCUGGAGAAGCCAUACUACCUCGAUGAGACUGGUUUGUAUUACAUUCCGGUUUUCAAAGAGGUGGAUUUGUAUCUGAACUUCACGCGAGAGCUGCCGCAAAUCUCAGCGCCAGCCAUCUUUGGCUUCCAUGCCAAUGCGGAUAUCAUGAAGGAUCAAAAGGAAACGGACAUGUUGCUUUCUCACACUUUGCUCACUCAGGAACGUUGGGACCUUUAUGAUCGACGCAAAUUGGUGAAACAACAAAGGGUUUAUGUAGAAACGCUUAGUAGACGCUUCCCCGAAAACCUUUCCCUACCCACUUAUCCUACCUGUCCUCCCUUCCUUGCCCUCUAUCAAUUGCCCCUGAAGGAUACGAGUGCCUCCUCCGAUGACAGUGGUGGCUCAAAAGCACUGACUCCCGAGGAGGUUGUCACCAAUGUGGCCACCGAUAUCCUGGAUAAGUUGCCCAAACUAUUUGAUCGGGAUGCAGCUCUGCUGAAGUAUCCUACUUUGUAUCAUCAAAGCAUGAACACGGUUUUGGUUCAGGAAAUGGUGCGAUUUAAUGUCCUGUUGAAUACGAUUCGAACCAGCCUCAUUACGCUGCGAAAAGGAAUCAAGGGAUUGGUUGUCAUGUCUGCCGCAGUUGAAGCUGUUUACAAAUCAGUUUUGAUAGCUAAAAUACCUCAAAUGUGGGCGUCAAAAUCUUAUCCAAGUUUAAAGCCCCUUGGAAGUUAUGUGAAUGAUUUUCUGCGACGCCUUGAGUUCUUGCAGAAAUGGUAUGACCAUGGAGCUCCCUCAACUUUCUGGCUCUCUGGAUUUUUCUUCACCCAAGCCUUUUUAACCGGAGCUCAACAGAAUUAUGCUCGAAAGUAUGUGAUUUCCAUAGAUUUGCUGGCUUUUGACUACGAGGUUCUUUCGCUGGAGGAAUCCCAAGCAAAAGGUAUUUCCAGUCCCGAGGAUGGAGUUUUUGUUUACGGAAUUUUCCUGGAGGGAGCUCGUUGGGAUCGCACCGGAAAAUAUCUUGCAGAAUCGCGACCAAGGGAACUGUUCGAUACAAUGCCUUUGAUUUGGUUGAAGCCCCUCAAGCGAGUCGAUCUACCCGAGCGUCAUAAUUAUCUGUGUCCAAUGUACAAGACGGCGGAAAGGAGAGGAGUUUUGUCCACCACGGGUCACAGUACCAAUUUCGUGGUGGCGAUGUUGCUGCUCUGCAAUCCCCAAACUCCAGUUUCCCAUUGGAUAAUUCGCGGAACGGCACUACUUUGUCAGCUCAGCUUCUAAUAAUUGCAGAUUUAACCGAAUAAAAUAUAUUUUUUAAGUUCUA